CCCAGACCUGAGGCCGUAAUAGUUAGCCAAAUGCUAGUCCCAGUGCACAUCCGUAAGGUGUGAAGGGGCCAUGUCAGACACCGGUCUUCACAGUUUAGUUAAGCCAUCAUCGGAAGAACAGCAAGCUAUUGAAUGUCUCUGUAACCAGCUUCAGCAGCUGAACCUUCGUGAUGGUCACUUCUACGAGGACCACACUUUCAUAUCAGAGACUCAGAUAUUUCUGGACCGCCUUCAUGUGGUGUGUACACCACAGAGUUCUGACACCAUCCAAGUGCCUGGCUGGUUGCCAUGUCUACAAAGUCUCAUCUUGACGGUUUCAGAGACUUUGUAUGUAGUGCUGUCAUCAUGUGUAUGUAAGAAGGCUGCAGAUGAUGUGAUUGUCAUACCAUCCAGGGCCAAAGAUCAAUUGAAGGAACUGCUGUUCCGAAUAAUGGACAUUCAGAAAGUUGUAAUUGCUAUGCAACAUGGAAUGGUUGAAAUGAUAGAGGCAAAGGAUUUGAGAAAUGUUGUUCCGGUUCGGGACUCCGAGAGACUGGCACGUCAGUCCCAGCAUGCACUGGACAUGUUAGAGGGGUGUCAUGUUCUGUUGGCUACUGUUAUAGAGGCAGUUGAGAAGAAAUGCACAUUUGAAGUACGGUUCUUUAACACAGCCUCUAUCACUGUAGGAACAAUAUCUGUAGGCCGAUUUGCUUGGAGUUUAUGGCAAGGGGAGGGCAUGGAAGAUGUCAUCCAUGCUGGUCUUUGGUCAACAUGUAUGGGAUUCACAGCAGCCCUUUUUCAGGUUCCUAGGGUCAGGGUCACUGAUAUCCAAACACAACUGACCAGGCACCGAAUGUUCAGAAAAAAAAUGAAGAAGAUGUCUGCAGGUUGGAGAAAAAAUCAAGACUGGUCAUAUGCCAAGUUUGUACACAUACCAUCUCCAAGAAAUGGUGCACGACUUUAA